UUUCUCCCUGUCCCCUGUCUGCUUGUCCUGUGUCCCGUCCGUGUCUUGUGGCUGUUUUUGCCUUCUAUUUUUGUCCUCUCCUCUACAGUUUGGUCACUUUAUCAAGACCUCGUACAAAAAAAAAGAGAGUUUUUCCCUUCUUAUACAAAGAAUGCACAGCCAGUGCUCACAUCAAUCAGAUAAAUUCCCAGUCUAAACUGAUCCCAUUAUAACCAGGAGUCACUUACAUACUCUGUACACUAUUAAGUGCAUCCACAUUUCUCCAGGUGCCUCAAAGUAUUCAUUGAAGGAGCUAGUGAUAGAAAGAGAGGAGCAGAUAAUUGACACAGCGUGCAGUUUAGUAAACAGUAACAAUGUCGCUGUAUACACCGGAGUACUCAGAGGAGUUGCUAUCUCUAGUGACGGAGCUAUACAGCGAUGAGAUCAAGCCACACUUGAACGAGCUGCGGUUGUUGAAGAUGCUCGAUCUUAUGGAGAUGGCACAGGCUGAUUUUGAACAGUACAAGAAGUCGCUGAUCGAGAACUCACAUAUCAAAUGUCUAAAGAACUACAUCGUGGGACUGUUUUUGGUCUUCUUGGUGAUCCCACAAUCAAUACAGUUCCAGAUAAAGAACAAGAACUAUGAGCUGUUCUUGUCGUUGAAGCAACUGUACGAAAGGGAGACUCAUAUGUCCAAUGUUAAACUGCAAGUGGUUGAUUACAUCGCGUACAUCAGUGAAAGGAAGCAACGACAGCAACAGCAGGAACACGAACAGGCACAGAGCAGAAAACAUCGUCAGGCUUCAACUUCGGGACUUCAUGGCAGAACACUUUCGAAGGAUCAUAGAUCCUCUACCAUGCCGGCCCCGUUAUCCACUCUAGAUCAAGACUUCAGUAAUCUGAGGGUUUCAGAACAUAAUUCAUCGACCACAUCCCAAUCUGAUUCUGCUGCAGUAUCCAUAAACUCUGGCUCGACAAACUCUUCGAUAGUGGAGGAGGUUUGGUCUCCACCAGAACUGCAACCAAAAGAUCAACUCAAACUCGCAGAUGGUUAUGACGUUUCAUUAGAUUCAUUGGUCCCUGAACUACCUGCUUAUCCACCGCCAACUCCACCAAGGACCCGCAAACAUGCAUUGAGCUUUCCAAUGGAUCCAGAGGCACUAUUGGAGGACCGAAGAACGCCAUCACCUGGUCCAGCAGCAAGUUUUGCUCAAAAUCACAUAUUCCAAUCUAAGGCUUCCAGAAGAGAAUCAUAUAACUCGGUCUAUGCGGAGGAUAGCUACGAAAAUGUGACAAUAAUCUCCCCCAAGCAGCUAUACCAAUCAUUACUUGAUACCAAUAUCAAGACGUUGAUCUUUGACAUCAGACCUUCAAAGAAAUAUCAGAAAAAGCACAUCCCUUACAAGAACAUUAUCAAUUUAGAUCCAGUGUAUGUGGAACAAAGUGAAUACUAUGCCCAACUAGAAGAAACGGCUAGAACUUCCUUAUCACCUGCACAAUUUGCACAAUUCCAUGAUAUGGACAAAUUUGACCAAGUUGUUUAUUACAGCGACGGCUCCACUUCACUUGUUUCAGAGCUUGACUUCCUCGAAAUGUUUGAUACAUUAUUGAAGCAAAGGAAAAUCCACCCGAAAUUGAUAGAAGGUGGAUUCGAGUCCUGGACAAAGUUCUUGUCAAGGGAGAACAUCCUUAAUCCUGAUUUCAAGUCAAAUACGCCUGCUGCACCACUGCAUCCACCACCAGCACCAACCGAUCUUUCACCAAGGUCUACACCACAGCAACAAGAUCAGCAGCAGCAAGUCCAUCUGAGUAAGGCUUCGUCCAACCUUGUAUCAUAUUUGGCACCAUCUGGUCCUGCACCUCCGAUUCCUCCACCUCAUUUAAUGACAGUGAAAGAGCAGAACGAACCAGCUGCACCUUAUCCAUCACAGUACUACUACACCACAACGCCAUAUACGAGACCAGCAAUUCCUGCACCGCAGCCACAACGUGCGUUAGUGUCAGCACCGCCAUCACUACCUGUCCCGUCUAUUCCACAAUAUCAACAGUAUCAACAACAUCCGCAAUAUCAACAGCAACAGCAACAGCAACAGCAACAGCAAUAUCAAUAUCAACAGCAACAGCAAUAUCAACGGUAUCAACCUAAUUAUUCAAAUACAAUCCAUCAAAGACAAGAACAACUGAAGAGACAGCGUAUAAACUCGGCUUGUAUCCCGACUAUUCAAAGAAGUUCUAAUGUAUUUGUCAGGUUAUCUAUUACUGGAUUGAGAAACAUGGGAAACACAUGUUAUAUAAACAGUAUGAUUCAGUGUUUAUUUGCAACAUCUAAAUUCCGUGACAUCUUUCUGAACAAUCAGUUUGAAGACUUUAUGAACGCAAAUUUCCACAAGACAAAGCUUUCGCCUUCGUUGUCGUUGUUAUUCAAAAAGAUGUACUUGAACGGUGCAUGCUCCAUCGUUCCAUCUGCAUUCUUGAAAUCAUGUGUUCAUCUGAGACCUGACUUGAAAAUACCAUCUGAGCAACAGGACACCCAAGAAUUCUUGAUGUUUUUGUUGGACCAUUUACACGACGAGUUGAGUAAUUCCAACGUUGUUGUUAAUAGUUAUCCUGAUUUGAUGAACCACGAUUACCAAGGGGAUGAGUAUGAAAAAUGGUUUGAAACACUGGUCAAACAAGGUCUUUCACCUGUUACCAAGUAUUUCCAGGGUCAAUUGCAAGAUAGUCUCGAGUGUCAGAAUUGUGGUUUCAAAUCUACUAACUACUCUACGUUUUACAUGUUGAGCUUAAACAUUCCCAAGUUGAGUCCUCAUGGACGCAAGCUGAAGAAAGUGAACUUGGAGGAUUGUAUCCGGAUGUUUACGCAAGAUGAAUUGUUGACUGGUGAUAAUUCUUGGAACUGUCCCAAGUGCUCAAAGCCCAAAGCACCAAACAGCACCAGUGGUGAUAAAGAACGGAAGCAUCGUCAUCAUAGGUUCCUCGGAUCUGGUUUCAAACUUCGUGGAAGAUCAUCAAGUCCCGCGUUUGGAUCGAACGAGCGUACUUCAACGUCUCCAUUCACUAAUGGGAAAGGGAAAACAAAGAAGAAACCAAGCCAGAGUAUUAAGAGCCUCAGAUUUGUGGUCCUACCACCUAUCUUAAUCAUCCAUCUUUCCAGGUUUUUGUUCUAUGACACUUCCCAUAAAGAUACCACUGUUGUGACGUAUCCGCUAAUAUUGGAGAUUGACCAUAAGGGUAAAACUGCACGUUACAAGCUCUAUGGUGUUGUUAACCAUACCGGUACUUUGAAGUCUGGACAUUACACUUCGAUCGCUAACAAGAACCUAGAUCAUGACUUGAUGAAACCUGACUGGUACUACUUUGACGAUGAAGUCGUCAAGCAUACAAACCACGGCAGUUAUAAUGGCACCGAUCAGACACACAUGAGUAAUUCUGAGGUUUACGUGUUGUUUUAUGAACGAAUCGAUGACUGAUCUGGCUGCUUGAUCUUAUUACCUAAUUAAUGGAUUCGCCUUCUUGUUAAGGAGACUUGCUAUAGCAUUGAUACCGCAUAUUCUAUCUCUCUCCCUCCCUCUCCCUCGCUGACCCAACUGCUGGGCUGUAGAACGUCUGAAUCUGGGGUAAACACAUCUAAAUCCAGACACCAGUUAUAUUGGUAGGGCCACGCUCGAACUGUCCAGUCAGCGUUUCAGCCGGGUGCCGAAACCAGUCAGUAGUUCCUAGACUAAUAUACCGUUCAACGUCAUUGUGGGACUACUGUGAUGGUAUGUUGGCAGAUGUACGCUGGUUAGUCGGCCCAUCUUUGUAAUUCAGUCCUUGUAGGUCAGUACUACGAAUUGGUCGGGAGGUAACGCAGAGUGGGGCCGUUUCCACUCUUUCGAGCCAAGUAACACGUAUGGCUGGAAAAGACGUGCAAAUGCGGCAUUGGCG